AUGCAGGGCCUCGAAGUCGCCCGUGUUCGUGCAUUUUUCUCAUUCAGGUACCGGGGCAGGUUAUAUCCCUGCGCUCUAAUAAGCUGGUUCGACAAAGUUGGCGACACCCCAGAUGAAGAUACAGGAAUGUGGAUAGUUCGUCCUGGAUAUGGAGCAGACGAUGCUCCAGAGUACGCGGUCAUUCAUAUUGACUCUAUUUAUCGUGCUGCGCAUCUUAUUCCCAUGUAUGGCAUGCAAUUUGUGCCCCGGGAGCUCAAAUUUUAUCAUUCAUAUGAUGUAUUUCAAGCCUACUAUGUGAACAAAUACGCUGAUCACCAUGCAUUCGAGAUUGCAUUUUGA